AGCGUGGGCUCCGAACCGCAUAACAGUUCGUUAAUUAUAAAACUUAUGAAAAACAAUUCGAGUCGUGAGAUAAAGUCGUGUAAAGUGUCCGUUAGAUCGACGAGUAGUCAUAAAAUCAAUAUAAACACUAAACACGUAAUCGAGGCCUACCAGAGCCACAAUCUGGACAGUCGUAACACCAUUACAAUCACUGAAUUGAAUGAUAAACGGCGCGUCAAUAUUGACUUCAAUGGGUUGGGCGAUGACAUGUACCUGGUCAUUACUGCUUAUAAAGGUCAAUUACAGUUAGAGCCAAACACAGAGGCCUAUAAGCUCUGGAAGGACAUCCCACUACCCAUAUAUCAAAAGUUUUACUUCUUCAACGUAACCAACGGCGCCGACAUCGAGAGGCUGGGCUCGAAACCGGUGCUCGUGGAGAUGGGCCCAUACGUCUACCGUUCCAAAUGGACAAAGACUCAUCUGGUAUACCACGACAACGGAACGGUAUCCUACAGGGAGAAGAAGACCUAUCACUUUGUGCCACAAAUGAGCGCCGGUAGCGACGCCGACGUGAUCACGUCCCUGAACGGGCCGCUCGCGGUCACUCUGAGUCUACUCCAGAACGCGCCGACAGCUGUCAGGAUUGUGGUGGGGCUGGCGUUAGACGCCGUCACCGAAGGCUUUUUCAUCAAACGCUCCGUCAAACAGCUACUCUUCGAGGGCUACCCCGACGUACUGACCACUUUCGGGCCGAUGUUGAACCCCAAGAUCCCGAGCAAUAAUAACGGGAGGUUUGGCUGGUUAUACAACAGGAACGACACCGACGAGGGUAUGUUCACUGUGCACACGGGUAGGGAUGGCAUGGAUCAGCUCAACCUCAUCGACAAUUACAAAGGCCAGUCACAUCUGGACCACUGGCGCAACAAUAGUCUAUGCAAUUCGCUGGCGGACACCACCAACGCCCAGAUGUUUCCGCCCAUCGGCGACACCUCAAAGAGUCUGUACUUAUUUCACCCGGACUUCUGCCGGCGCUGGAAACUCAACUUCAAGACCGAGCACGUGAAGAAGGGGGUCACUGUCUACCGGUACGUACCCGACGAUAGCCUAUUCAAGAACGCCGACGACUACCCGCCCAACGCCUGCUACGUCAGUCGACUGCCGGCGGCGCCCAACCCCUCCAUCCUAGGUAUAGGUCGGAGUCAAACAAACUUCUCGAAGCAACGAAAGAUACGGUUCGUGUCGGGAGUGUUUGAUAUGAGCGCCUGUAAGUACGGCGCGCCGGUACUCAUGUCGUACCCGCACUUUCUGAACGGCGACCCCAUCUACACGCGCGGUGUGUCCGGCUUGAAGCCCGACCCCCGGAAGCACUCGUUUUACUUGGACGUGGAGCCCCACACGGGCACCAGUAUGGGCAGCGCCGGGCGCAUACAGAUCAACGUGUUCAUCAAUAAGCCCCCGGGUCUGUUCCGGUACCGAAAUGUGCCCGAAAUUGUGUUUCCCGUGUUCUGGCAGGAGUUGGGCGUCAACGUGAGCGCCGACAUGUCUCAGCGCAUUCAGUGGGUUCUCAAACAGCCGACACUAAUCUCAUCCAUUUCCUCCACUUCAAUGCUAUUCAUCGGCUUUGUAUUGGUGUUGACUUCGCUUUUGUUUCCGUUUUAUAAUAAUUAUCUCAAACACACCGCUAAGAAGGAGUCCGGAAGUGUUGUCUACACCGAUAAAAGCACUGCUAAUUCACAGGUGGACAUCAAUAAGAUUAUGACCACCGAUCCAAACGCACCGCCACUUGAGAAUGGCAUCGAUAACAAGGCAUUGGAUGCCAAUUAACGACAAUACAAAUGCUAUUUUCUGUGAUAUUUAUAUUUAAAAGUAGUUUUUAUGAAAAAAUACACAAUACUUUUAAAUAGUGUUUUAAUUUGUCUGUCAGACUCAUUGACUACCGACUGCUUGUUAGGUCAUACCAAGUGUUUUUAAGACUGAUAUUUAUAUAAAUAUAUAGUUUUUAUUUCUGUAUAAUUCUUGUCAAUACAUAUUGUGCUUUGAUUUUCACAAUUUAUUCACUAUUUGUGUGUGAAAUGCAGACUUCAUUAAAGCGUGAAGUUUU